AAUAAAAUAAGUUCCUUUGUGCUACAUGCUAAAUGCACAUUUCUAAGCCUAACUGCAUUCACCAGGUAUAUAGCUGAGACCCUCUAGUGGCAUAAGCAUUUAUUUGCCUUCAGCAUAUUAUUAAAAUUCUCUUUCACAGUCACACUAUAGCAGCAAAUUCACAGGUAGAUUUUUGGGCACUCUGGCAGCUGUGGCAAAGUGAAUCUGGGAUUAGAUACUGUGCAGGCUCACGUUAAUGAAUAUAAAUUGAUUUUUAGCUGUGAGGGGCAAUUACAGAUGCACUGGAGGGAGAAGGGAAUUUUUGAAAGGAUAUUCUAGAACUAAUUACUAUCAGCAAGAACCACGCAGAGAGCAACGCAAUACCCAGGGCAGCCAAUAGGGAUCAAAGCUUCUGCACAAAUCUGUCCUGACCUGGUAGUAAGACUGUUUAAAAACACUGCUCUGCACUUAGCUUGUAAAUGCGCAUCUCCCUCUUUCUCACUCGUGUAUUCUCUCUCUCACACACACACACACGCUCCUGGAUUUGCAGCACACAGACAUCUAGGGCACUUCUUGGCAUCCACAGGAAAACCAUAUGGGAUUAAAACUCCACAGCAGAAUUGCUGAAAGCUGCCUCUCGAGGAUUACAACUUCACCUUUUGCUUUCACGGAUGCUUGUUUACUAUCCAUGUGGUAACCUCUGGACAGCCAGUAAUCCAUUCAUUAUCCCCUGACUGAGAGAGGGAGCAGUGCAGCGGUAACUACUUCACUCAGCUGACGGCAGACAACAAAAGGAGGAAAACGAUGAAUUCGGACAAUUUAACCUCCCAAAGCUUCCUCUCUGCGAUUCACAGCAACGCCAGCAAUUUAUUCUCAGGUCUCCAGUUUGUUCAGUCCUUCAAGCCGCUAAUCAUCCCCUGCUACUCCCUGGUGGUUUUUAUCGGUGUCAUCGGGAAUUACCUUCUCAUUUACGUUAUCUGCAAGACAAAAAAAAUGCACAACGUCACCAACUUCCUCGUGGGCAACCUGGCUUUCUCAGACAUGCUGAUGUGUGCCACCUGCGUGCCCCUGACCCUGGCGUACGCCUUCGAGCCGCGGGGGUGGGUGUACGGGCGCUUCAUGUGCUACUUUGUGUUCCUGAUGCAGCCCGUGACGGUGUUCGUGUCGGUGUUCACCCUGACCGUCAUAGCUGUGGACAGGUACUGUGCCACGGUGUACCCCUUCCGCAGGAGGCUCACCAUCCCCCUCUGUGCUUACAUCCUGGCUGCCAUCUGGCUGCUGAGCUGCACCUUGGCUGCCCCGGCCCUGGUCCACACUUACCACGCGGAGUUCCCGGAGCUGGACUUCUCCAUCUGCGAGGAGUUUUGGUUCCACAUGAAAAGAGACCGCUUGGCUUACGCCUACAGCACUCUCAUCAUCACCUACGUCUUGCCCCUGGCUGUCAUCUCCCUGUCCUACCUGAGGAUCUCGGUCAAGCUGAAGAACCGAGUGGUGCCAGGCAACGUCACCCAGGGCCAGGCUGAGUGGGACCGCGCACGGAGGAGAAAGACUUUUCGCUUGCUGGUCUUGGUGGUGGCAGCCUUUGGAGUCUGCUGGCUGCCUCUGCACAUCUUCAACGUGAUCAAGGACAUAGACAUCAGCUUGAUUGACAAGCAGUACUUCAACUUUAUCCAGUUGCUGUGCCACUGGUUUGCGAUGAUGUCUGCUUGUACCAACGCCUUCCUCUAUGCCUGGCUCCACGACAGCUUCAGGGGAGAGCUGAAGAAAAUGUUUGCCUGGAGAAAGAAGAAAAUUGGACCCACUACAAACUGCAUUAUGGCCAGUGUGGUGCUGUAAACGAGACCUGGUGGGAGUGCAUUUCCUUUGUACAGUAACGUUGACUCUUUUGAAGACCAUAGAGGGUAGGACACCAAGAGAGCACUGGAACAACACUGCAAAAAGCAGCUUCAAAUAACAAAUAAAUCCUGACUUUCAGAGGGUUUUCUUUUGUGGAAUUAUGUUAAUCUGGCAGUUUGUAAAGCUUAAUUAAUACUCGAGGUGGCCCAUAAUGUGCACAACCUCCUGCACUAAAUACAGACAGUGCUGUAAUCCAGAGUGAUCCAAAGGCCAGUGGAGCAACUGGGAAGACUUUCUUAACCACAGCAGGCCUGGGAUCAUUUCCUUCUUGCACAUCUUACACAUUGUUUUUACUCUCAUUUGCCAGCACUGCAGUUUGAGUUAUUAAUGUUCUCUUGAAUGUUAAUGGCUGAAGAUGGUGACUGCAGAGAGCUGCCUGAAGCAAACAAGGGAUUUGUGUCUCUGUUUUGUUUCCUUGAGACAGAAAUGGAGGACUCUCCAGUGCACACAUUGUUCCCACAGUGACAGAUGCAUUGGGAACAUCUCUUUUCCAGCAGCCUCUGGAGCUGCUGUUAGAGCAGAGCCAGGGUCUGCCAUCUCACAGAGGUCCUCAGGAGUGCCCAGCACAGCAGGCACCCUCCUCUGAGUGCUGGUUUAACCUGUCCAUGCCUUCAGUCUGUCAGGAUGUGCUCUUGCAGCAGAGGGCUCAGAGCCUGCCCCUCGCUUCAGGCAGCUCUCACGAGUAGGUUUUGCAGGUGCACCCUGGAAUGAUCUGCAUCCUCCAGCCACAGACUCCUGCAGCUCCUUCUCUGUCUCUGCAGCCCCCUUGCUCCACCUCUGCUCCUGCACUGCCAUUUUUCCAGGCUUUCCCUGCAUGGUGCACAGAGGAAUUCCAGCCACGGGCUGGGGGUUCUGUAGGCACAGCCACCUUCGCUCAGUCCCUCCUCUGAAUCGAGCCCCAGGACUCCCUGCUCAAUUUAAUUACUGUUUCCUCUGGUAUACAGAGUAAUAAACAAUAAUAAGAUUGAGAGGCACGUUGAUGCACUUCUUUAAUCCAGUUAUGCAAAUAAUUCUAUUAAAAGCUGUCAUGAGAAACUUGUUUGCUAAUCUCCACCCCUCUCCAGGGAGCUGCUGUGGUUCUCUGAGGGACCAGGGCUCAUCACUAAGGUAUUUUUGGUGGUGUAUUUUUUAAUUACAAUUUAAGAAGUUAUUGCAUGCUUUGAUUUUAUAAAGU